UCUUCCUAUCGAGUCGAGGCCAGCAAGCACGUAUCGACGCAUCUUCCUGCUCCUAGCACGCAUCGGAGAGGCAGACGGAGGGAGGCGAGGCGGCGGACCGGCGGGCGGCGGCCACGAGCCCACGACCAGCACGCCCCGACGCCCGCGUUGCCCAGAAGCUGGGGCCGGCGGCCACGACACGCGCGGACGGGCGGACGGCGGAACACGCGCGGACGGCCCAAACCCUAGCGGACGGCAGCCGGCGUCCGGCGAAGUUUGGGCGGGGGCGCGGGGCUGAGCAGCGCGCCGGCCUCUGUGCACAGGAGAGAGGAGCGCCGGCCUGCCAGGCUGCCAGUGAGCAUCGGGAAUUCGGGUUCGGGAUCGCCAACGUGACAGCGUCGUUCUUCGGUGGCAUGAUUCGGAGGGUCGACCCGAAUUGCCUCCCGCCCUCCCCUCACAUACCCUUCGCAUACGAGCAGCCUCCUGAGUCCCGACGUUGCCUGCUGGCUCCGGCGACCAGGCCCGGCCGGCGACGGUGUCCUCGGUAUCAAGUACGCAGCUGAGGCCACUUAGAGAUCGCUUCGUGAACAGGAGGAGAGAUCGGGAGAAGAGAUGACGAGGCCAUCGGAUUCGACAUCGAUCUCCACACAACACACGGACCCUGGCCCGGGUAUGGAGAAUCCGUAUGAACGAAGUAGAGAAGACAGAGAAAUAGGAGCGCAACCCAUUUAUGCCUUGCCAUCGAACGAUUGGGGUAUCAUGUUCUACAUCAGGAUGGAUCACUCGGGAUCUUUCCACACAUAUCCUCGUGUUGGUGGGCCAUUUCAGAGCCUCCAGGAAGCUCAAGAUGGUAUCGAGUGCUAUCUGAUUGAGCGCGAGGAUCCAAAAAUGUUCCUGGGUGCGGUGUCUGAUAUUGAGAUGCGUUCAAUACGUCGUAAAUAUUGGCCUGAUGGCACAAGGAAGAUGCCUCCAGAAUUUUAUCCAGUGGACAUAACCCGUAAUUGGAUGCAUCAGUUGGCUCAAUCUUUGGUGGACAAGCAUAAUGAGGAUCACAAUCUUGUGGAGGAUCUUGCAUAUCAGCUCAAAAAAGUUGUGUGCAUCCAAUCGAUUUGUGAGGUUGAUGUCUUUACCUGGUGCUAUCACAUCAAUUUCACUGCACAGGCCAAAGGAGUUGGUUCCAUUGAAGAUCUAUUCUUUGCCGAACUAAUAUCUAAGGGAGAAGGAGAACUUGAGGAAUUGGUGCCCAGCUGUCUGCGCAUGCUUACACCUAUUGACAAUGGUACCUGCCAUGGCUGUAUCAACAAUGGAAGCGGUGAUCAUAUGAGGCAUCCCAAAGACCCUUCUGCAUACACUGGUGGUCACGUGAGGGAUGCAUUUUUGCCUUUUGGCGGAUCUGUAUUACCACCCGUGGCAUACUCUGAGCCCCCACCUGUCCAUGACUUUGACUUUGCAGCAGCUGAGGAAACUAGGCUACGUAACCUAUUCACGGGUCCUAAAGCACAUAUUUACGAGAAAUACACGAGGCCCCCUCAGGGCUCUGCACUUAUUCCUGAAGAAUGAUGCAGGAGUGUCUAGCUCUGUGUGACCCCUGAAGUGAAAGAUGUCAUCCCCUUUUGGACUGAAUGUCUAUUUCGCCAUCAGAUAAAUUUCAGAGUUAUUAAUCUUGGCAACUUGUAGACCGAGUAGUCGGUAUUUCGUGUUGAUACCAAGUUGCUUCGAGAUUAAUGUACCUAUUUAGUAUUUACAACUAUCUAUGUACUUUUUUUAGGGAAUCACUAUGUAUGUACUUUACUAGGCUCUGCUAAUUCUAUGGUUUUAAUCUCAAAAAAAGAUCUAUGGUCUUAAUUAUACAGGUUCAAAAGUAUAACAUUCCGAUACUAUAUUUUCCUAUUCCUAAAGAAAUCCUGCGUUGAUGAUGUCCA